UUGAUGGAGAUAUGUAGUAUAUAUAAUAACACUAAAUAAAUUCUAAAAAGUCAAACUUACAUCCCAAUCCCCAAACCUCACGCCGCCUUCCCUCAGAUCUCUGCGUCUCUCUCGUCUCCUUGCCGUCGCCGCCACGUCACUGCCGGCGUCGCGCCGCCGCCUUCUCUCGGUUCUCUCGUUCAUCAGCCGUAGUAGCGCGUACGAUUGUACUUCGUUCCUCCUCCGCUAGCAGCGCCACUCAUCGAUCAUCGCCGCCGCUGCAUACACGCAGUUGGAAAGGGAGGGAGAUGGUGCUUUCGCAGAAAAUUCAUGAUGCGUUCAAGGGGACUGUGGAGCGAAUGACGAGCCCCCGCACCGUCUCCGCAUACAAAGAGAAAGGUGUACUCAGCAUCAAUGAAUUUAUUCUCGCCGGCGAUAAUCUCGUCUCCAAGUGCCCCACCUGGUCUUGGGAAUCAGGGGAGCCGGGCAAAAGGAAGUCAUAUUUGCCCCAAGAUAAGCAAUUCUUAAUAACUAGAAAUGUCCCUUGUCUUCGUAGAGCUGCUUCAAUUGGAGAAGAAUACGAGGCUGCAGGGGGUGAAGUUUUAGUUGACAACGAGGACGAUGAUGGUUGGCUGGCAACUCAUGGGAAACCUAAAAAUAACACAACUGUUGAAGAUGAUAAUUUGCCCUCCAUGGAGACUCUAGAAAUCUCCAAGAAUAAUACCAUCCAGUCAAUCUCAUCUUACUUUGGAGGGGAGGAAGAUGAUAUUCCAGACAUGGCAGAAUUUGAAGAGACUGACAACCUCGUAGAAAAUGAUCCCGCAACACUGCAGACCACAUAUCUUGUGGCUCAUGAGCCUGAUGAUGACAACAUUCUACGAACCAGGACAUAUGAUGUUAGCAUCACGUAUGACAAAUAUUACCAAACGCCUCGUGUUUGGCUCACUGGAUAUGAUGAGUCAAGGAUGCUUUUGCAACCAGAACUUGUUCUUGAAGACGUUAGCCAAGACCAUGCGCGUAAAACGGUAACCAUAGAAGACCAUCCGCACUUGCCUGGAAAACAUGCUUCAGUACAUCCAUGCCGCCAUGGGGCUGUAAUGAAAAAAAUUAUUGAUGUUUUAAUGUCACGUGGAGUAGAGCCUGAAGUUGACAAGUACCUUUUCUUGUUCUUGAAAUUUAUGGCUUCCCUGAUUCCUACCAUAGAGUACGAUUACACCAUGGACUUUGAUCUUGGCAGCUCUAGCUCCUGAUUUCAAGAUUGAAGGUGGCAAUUCGCGUGAAGCACCAAAGCUUUUAUUUACUGCCAAAUUAUUACCAUUGUAUAUAGAUGUCCAUUAAAUUACGUUAAUGUAAGUUGGUAGCAUCAUCUUAUGCGUAUGUUAAAUAGACAUUGAGGUGUGUGGAUCUCUAUCAUUAUUAAAACCUCCUUUAGCCAUCUCGGCCUGUAAAUGAAUUUUCUUUGCUCAAGUGCGUGCUUGAAUAAAUAUGAUCAUUACAAAA